GUUUUUUUUCUCGAAUUUCUGCUGAGUACAUAAAGUCCAAAUAUUCGUAAUCGAACAAAUAUCCAUAUAUUAUAUUUAUAUACAUUACCUGAUACGUUUAGUCGUUGUGUCUUCCUCUUUACGACGGCACAUCGUCCAUUAUAUUCCUCGACAUCAUAUUUCGUCCUGAAUUCUUCAGAUACAGUUCGUACGUGAAGCGGAGUAUGCGCACUGAACUUUGUGUUAACUUAGUGAUAAAAAGUGUGGAAAAUGGCUUCUAGGAGUCGCAGAAUGGUAGAAAUGGCCAAAAGCAUAGCUGAGGAGCGAACUGAAAAUGAUGAAGUUACGGAAAACCGUAAAAGAAAAAUUGAUGACCACCGACUGGCUAUAUAUGAUUGGGUCGAUGAUAAUGAGUAUUUCAAUAGUAGGUCGAAAGACAUUUCUCCGGCUAACGUCUUCUACUCAAAAACUGACACUGGAAGUGAAGUGCCUCUGAACAAUUUCAAUAAAAUUAAAUGUGUUGAACCUCAUUAUACCUUAGACGAAAAUGACAAGCAGUUCCUGAAUUCGGAAGAAAAAAAAAAUUAUACCGAAGUGUCCCCAGUGAUAUCUGAACCAGAUUCCUAUUGCUCAUAUUAUGAAGUAGAUAUGGAAAUAACACAAGAUGAAAUAACAGAUGAAGAAUUCCCUAUUGUUCAUGAUAUCAGCAAAACUUCACCGAGAGAAAAUCGAAAACCAACAAUUGCACCUGAAAUCAUAACCGUCCGAAAAAAAUUAUUUCAAGAAGUUCCAUCAUUUCACGACAACCUCGAUGAAGAAAAUGUUCAGGAUCCAGAUUUUGUUAUUAAUUCUUCGAGUGAAUUAAACGAUUCCGUUCAAUCCGACAUUGACGAUGAUGAAAUUCUCCCUUCAUUAGCUGCAAAGUUGAAAGAUAAAAAAACUAGAACAACAAAAUACAUACGAUGCAAGUUUUGUGAAGAGGAUAUGCAAACAAAAAAUUUUUCCCGGCAUGUUGUAAGAAAACAUAAUUCUGAAUCCGAGGUAGUCAAAAUAUUGACCCUCCCUAAAGGUAGUAAGAAAAGGAGACAAGCUUUUAUGCUACUCAGAAAUGAAACCAACUUCAAUCUUUAUAUAAGUGGUACUACAAGACCGAAGCGGCAGAGAGGUAACCUACCGGCUUUGAGUGAAACAUAUUACCCUUGUGCUUAUUGUAAAGGCUUAUUCGUUAAACAAUAUUUGAGACGACAUGCGAAGGUUUGCAUGGUUGAAAGAGGGAACAAAAAAGUUCAUCACGCUUCUGCAUCCCAAACACUAACUGCUUGUGCUGUCGAUGUAACUAAUGUCAUUUCAAAAUUGAAUGUUAAACAUCAGGUAUUCGAUCUCAUGAGGGCUGAUGAUAUUUCUCUCGUCGCAAAGAAGGACCUCCUUAUAGUGCAUUUUGGGGAAUCAUAUCUGAAGAAACAUAGAAGAGAACGAAUGGUAUACGCAUGCAGCAGCCGAAUGAGAGAACUAUCACGUUUUCUCAUCGUUUUCCGAAGAAUUUCCGGGGACAAAGAUGUAUCACUGAAAGAAAUACUGACGCCGAGGAAAUUCGGUACAGCUCUCAGUGUUGUUCGAGAGAUCGCAGGAUACGAUCCCGUUAAAAAAACAUUUAAAACUCCUAGCCUUGCCAUGCACUUGGGGACAUCUUUAAAACACGUGUGCAAUGAAUUACGGCAAUUAGUAGUGCAAGAGUCUGAGGGUUUCAGAUGUCCAUCGGGUAUUUCCACUAAAGAGUGGAUAGAAGAUAUAAGGAAUUUCACCAAAUUGAUUGAGACUCGUUGGACUAUCGAAUUAGCCUCGUUAGCCAACAAGGACUUGCAGGAAAAAAAAUGGAAUAAGCCAUUGUUAAUCCCCUUGGUAGACGAUAUUAUGAUAUUCAAGGAUGAGACUUUAAAACUUGCCGAGGAAUGUGUGUUAACUUUCAACCAAAACACUGAUAAUGCACAAACCUAUAAGACGUUAGUACACUGUACUUUGGCUCUGCUCAUUUUAUUCAACAGGAGAAGAAUAGGCGAUGUUCAAUUUCUAAAGAUAAAUGAUUACAGGAUCGAUCGAAAAACUGAAUCAAUUGAUUUUAAGAAUCUCUUAACAGAAUCAGAAAAACUCUUGACCAAAGAAUAUAAAAGGGUAGUGAAUUGCGGAAAAGGUUCAAGAGCAGUUGUGAUACUAGUACCUCAAAUUAUUCAAACAUUCAUCAACCUCCUACUCGAACGUCGGGUCAAAUACAUUUCUCCUGAUAAUGAUUAUGUGUUUGCUUUACCUGGCAGUACAGUGAAAUGGGGCAAAGGAGAUGUCGCUUUUAGGACUUUGACCAAAAAAAUGAAUUUGAAGCAUCCAGAGGCUAUUGGUAGCAACCGAUUGAGAAAACAUAUUGCUACUGUGAUGCAGAUUCUCAACCUAUCCAAACACGAGAAAAAACAAUUUUCAAAUUUCAUGGGACACACCGAGAAAACCCACGAAGAAUUUUGCGAGUGA